GGCCAGCACACACUCUUUUAGUUUCUCUCGUUCGCGUCGGUUGUCGUCCGUUGUUGCGUUUCGUUGCGGUGCGUUUUCAUUUAAUUCACAUUUCAAACAAAAGCACAACAAUUAUUGAAACAAAAUGAAGAACCUUAUGUUCUUAAUGCUGCUGGUGUUGCCCACCAUAAUCUGCACCUUCACACCCGCUAACAAACUCGGUGCCUAUGCCGCCGAAGCUGUCGAAGAUGAUCUGGUCGAUGUGGAGAGCGAAGAGGGCGCCGUAACGGGCGAUGACGUUGAGACCGAUGAGGAUGCGGAUAGCGGCAGUAGCAGCACAUCUCCCCUGGCCGACACUUAUUUGUUGUUCACGAAACCCCUGCAUACGCCCGGUCAGCAAUUGGAUUUGCCCGGCGGUAAACCCGUGGAGUUCCUCAUUGGCUUCACGAACAAGGGCCAGGAGGAGUUUGUGAUUGAGACGGUGGAGGCAUCGUUCCGUUAUCCCAUGGACUUUAACUAUUUCAUUCAGAACUUCUCGGCUGUGGCCUACAACCGUGAGGUGAAACCCGGCUUUGAGUCAACCGUCUCGUAUACGUUCCUGCCAUCCGAUCAAUUCGCUGGCCGUCCAUUUGGUCUGAACAUUGCGUUGGCCUAUCGCGAUGCCAAUGGCAUUCAGUACAACGAGGCCGUGUUCAACGAGACGGUGCUGAUCUCUGAGGUCGAUGAGGGACUCGAUGGUGAGACGUUCUUCCUGUACGUGAUGUUGGCCGGCAUUGUUGUCCUGCUCCUGGUCAUUGGACAGCAGUAUCUGUUGGGCAGCACUGGCAAGCGUAAGCGUGCUGCUGCCAAGAAGGUCAUUGAGACCGGAACUGCCAACGAUAGCAACAUCGAUUACGAUUGGGUGCCACAGGAGACACUCCGUGCGCUGCAGAAAUCGCCACCAAAGUCGAAAACGCCAAAAACAUCACCCAAGCCAGGCAAACAGGCCAGUCCAAAGGCUGCUGCCCAACAGAGUCCCAAGCAACGCAAGGUGAAGCGUUCGGCGGGAGAUGAUUAAGAAGAAGGCUGCGCAAAUCUGCGAUUUCGAUCUAUAUGCAUCCCCACAACUCACCACACAACACAACACAACACACACACACAACGCACACAAAUGCAAUUCCAUACAACAAACAAAAAACAUCCAACAUGCGUCGUAGCAGUCUAAUUACCUUAUAAAUAAUACUAUACCAUUUUUUUUCGGUCAUAUACCAUUUGACAAAUGAAUGUGUAGAGAUUGUUAGUGUUUAGCACGAACCAGAGAUGUAAAGAAUGAAUGAAAAAUUUUUAAAUUUCUGUAAACUUUAGCAAAUUGAAUUUUUUUUUACCCUAUUUUUGUAUUCAAAUGGUUCUUAAUACUAUUUUUUUUUUGUUUUGUUGGUUUCUGUUCUAUACACGAACUGCCGGCCGAACUGGUAAUACAUACUCUAUCAAAAAACACGGGCCCAAAACUUCGUGCCACGCCACCUAAUUAA